UAAAGGUUCGUAUUGCUCUGGCGGUGUUAAGAGACUUUGUCCGGCAGGAACCUACGGCGCAACCGAUGGCUUGUCGACGGCUGCAUGCACUGCUCCAUGUCCUGCCGGUUUCUACUGUCCGAUAGGAACAGCAGACUACAGCCAGCAUCCGUGCACGCUAAGAACAUCAUUUUGUCGCCAAGGUUCUUCCGUACCAACCGCUGUCGAUACCGGGCAUUUCACCGUGGCAACACAAGGGGGUCUUCGUACAGACGAAACCAUUUGUCCACCUGGAAGCUAUUGCGUCGGUGGCAUUCAAUAUCUUUGUCCUGAAGGCACGUACGGAGCCACUUCCGGUCUUUCGUCUCAAACCUGCUCGGGG